AUGACCUCUACGGACGACAUUUUCAAACUGGCCAACCAGUCGGUCGACGAGCUCUUGCGAGAAAUCAGCUCGCAGGCUCCACAAAACCCGAACCUAUCGUCUUCUCCCACCACCGAGCCCUUACAAAUUGAGGAUGUAAACAUCGACAAAAACAACAUCAAUUCGAGCACAAAAGAAACCCCCGUCUUUAAUGGCCCCCGUGCUCUUGAACAGAGCCCCAUCAAAAAGUCGGUGCUCGCCUUUGAGCCAGAAAUCGGGCCAGACGAGCUGUUUGACAGACCACUGCCUGCCUUGAAACCGUCCGAGUCGGACUAUUCCGUCAAGUCGAUGCCCAAUCUGCCGUCCGCAGCGGCCAAUUUGUGGGACUCGCCGUCGGCGCGGUCCAGCACGUCGGCAGACUCCGAAAGAACCAUCGCCGUCGACGAGAAACGGCCCGGCAGUCCUCAGAAGAACCUGCGCCAGCAACUACAGAAUGCCUCACCCGAACAGCCAACGCACUCCCGCGCCAAUUCUGUCAGCUCGCUCUCCAUCCACAAAACCAGACCCGCCCCACAUAAUAACCCUCGCCACGUCUCUUUGCAGAGCACCGCCUCUUUGAGCGAGAACGAUUUCGUUUCUGCCGAGGAGGGCAGCUCGAGCGACCGCGGGUCGGAACCAGACAGCGACGCGACGGUCGAUAUCGUCGACGAGACGGCCGACGACACAAUGCAGACGCACGAGAGCGAGCACGGCCCCAAGGCGGCCCCGUUUGUGGACGAUCUGUACGAGUCGUUUGAAGGCCCUGAAAUCGCACAGCCGCAGAAACGCGUCUCGUCUGCCGAGUCGGCGGAGCCCGAAGACAUUCUGGCCAUCUGGUCGACGCAGCAAGACUUCCAGAAAGUGCACAAGACCCAGCCGUCGUUCCAGAGCGUCUGCGACCCGAAGAAGUACGUGGUGAGCAAGGACCAUUUCAAGGAGAUCAAAAUCAGCAAUCCGCUGCUUGCGAGGGACGACAACGAGGCGGACGACGAGGAAGAGGAGCAGGAGGAGCAGGAGGAGCAGGAGGAGCAGAAAGAAGAGCAAAAAACAGGAGACCAAGCGUCCAGCCACGCCAGCUUUGCCGCUCCAGAGGUGUCUCUUGAAAGAACAUUCCGCAACCCGCUGGAUUCCAUCCAGGACACCGAGACUUCGAAAAUGUCGCUCGACUCGAUCAAUCUCUCAGACCUGCUCCAGGACGGCGAGGACUCGUUUCUGCGGGAAAUCGAGGCCUGGGAGCCAGAGACGCGCGUGCAACCGGUUAUCACGCCUGCUGCCAACGCAGAAACGCUCUCCAACGUGUGGCGGCGCGGAACACUCAGCAGAAAGCCUGUUUCUGCCAAGGUCGACAACGAAAGCGUCCAGAUUCCGCGGAUGUCUGCGAACGAGGUGGAGCAGCUCAUGAUUCUCAAGAAAAUGACCAGCGACGAGUUCCAGGUCAAGGAAGCCAACAGCAAGCUGACGCUCGAGAGCAACGGGCCGCACCUGGAGCAACGCGUCCAGGUGAGCGACGCGCGUAGCGAAGUGACAGACGACAAGGCGUCGGCGAUCGUGCCUGACUUGUCGAUUGCCACGGGCCAGACAGCACCGAAAUACGGCGACCUGGUGCCUGUUGCACGGCGUGGACUGACGAGUCGCGCGCCGCUGGGCACGCUGACCGAUGAGCAGAUGAACUCGCGCAUCAGCUCGAUCCAGUCAGCUGCCAAGCGGGUGAGCUCUGCGCUGUCGUCGUCGACGAAAGUCGACGAGCCGGCGCCGCUCGUUCUGGGCGAGCAGGGCCGGUUUUUCCUGCGCGUGAUGGCUGUGCGGGAGCUGAACUUGCCCGAGCUGGGCCGGCGCAACGCGCAAUUCCAGAUAGUGCUCGACAACUCGAUCCAUCGGCUCACGACAGACUAUUUCCCGAUCGAGUCCGCGCAGUUUGUGCCGGUGAACAAGGAGUUCGAGCUCGUCGUCGGCGCGUCGCUCGAGAUCGUGCUCACGCUCAAGCUGCGGUAUGAUAAGCCCAAGGACCAGCUGGUGGAGGUGGUGGAGAAGCGCAAAGCAAAGCCGAAGAACAAGCUUGCGAAACUGCUCGGAUUCAAAGAUAUCGUCACAUCGACGCGAUACGUGACCCGGCCGGCGGAAAAGGACCCGCUCGAGCACACGGUGGCUCCCGACGGCUCGUUUGCAAAGCUCAAGAUCUCGUUCGACAACUUCAAGGAGCACGUCACGUGCGAGUCCAAGAUCUUCAAGCUGGACGGGCUGAACGAGUGGAAGACCGUGGGCGGCAAGUCUGCUGCGCCGCACAAAGUGUGUGCGAUCGAUUUCAACAUGCUAUUUGUUCCUCGCACCAGCGAGCACGAAACGCUGCCGACAAGCAUCAAGAGCGCGUACGAGCAGGUCGAGCAGGUUCGCAGCACGCUUGCCACGCGCCAUGAGGGCUACAUGUACCAGGAGGGCGGCGACAUCGACGCUUGGACGCGUCGUUUUUUCAAGCUCGACGGCUACGACCUGAGCGCGCACCACGAGACCACCAAGAAGCUGCGUGCGCGGAUAAACCUGCGGCGCGUCGUGGACGUCGAGUACGUGGGAAAGACGGCUCCAGACGGCCAGAACGGCAGACGUGUGUAUAGCGACCGGUUGCUGCUGAACGACGCUUUUCGGCUGCGGUUUGCGAACGGCGAGACGAUCUACUUUGGCUGCGACAGCAAGCGCGAGAAGACAGAGUGGGUGAACUUGCUGGAGGCAGUGGCGGCCAGAAACUCUUUCCGGCGUCAGCCGUGGGUCAAGCAAAUGCUGACCAAGUGUACUUAA